AUGGCAGAGCGCACCGAGCUCCAGCCAAGCUUUGAGGACGUUUUUCGUAUUCUAUCUCAGACCCCGCGGGACAAACUCCUUAACCUCAAACAUAAAUUGAAGCGCUCAAUACCUGGACCCAGUAGCAAACUACUGCAAGCCAUGGUCCUGAUUACUCUGAGGCAAGAAGAGGAUGCGAGAAUUUGUUUGGACGCCUUGAGAGACAACCAGGCAGCCCAGUACAUCCACCAGACCAAACUGGGGGCUGCAGCAGGAGCGCAGGGAGAUGGGGAGGAUUUGCAGCCCCCCCAGCUGGAUGGAGCUUCCAUGGGGCUGCUGGCACGGAUCUACUCGGUGUUGCUGGAGGAAGAGCUGUGCAGUCGGGAAGCCCUGGACAAAGCCGGCCGGGCUGCCACCAAUGCCCGCAGCGCCCGCGAGGAAACUCAGGGGCACACAGGCAACAGCAUCCCAGCUGGAGAGCAAGAAAGACGGGGCUCCGCUGUCACCAUGGGCCCAGGGGACGAAUUUCAGACGCUGAGAUCUGAUGCGAGCGUAGGAUUUCUCAAGGCAGCCAGCCCCAACUACGUGGUGAGGAGUUCUCCAGUGCAGAUUGGAGGCAACUCAGACCCUUCACACCCAUGGACCUCGUGCUCCUUAGGGAGUCCCUCUUUGUCCAGUCGCUUUGAGAUCAGUGCGUCGCCAACAGUCGUUUUUCACACCCAUCCUCCUUCCCACGACAAGCGCGUCCCCGAGCGCGUCCCUCAGCGCAGCCGGUCGCACGAGGCAGGCACCAGUGGCACUGGACAACCUGACAGGGACAGACAGAGCCACGGCCUGCAGGAAAUGAGCUGGGCCAGCAGAUACAGUUCUCAUCCCGGGCAGGACGUGGGUGCCCAAGCCACCCGACCGGAGGUUCUGCAGGUCAGUUCGCGUCGCCCAGCUCGCUCCGUUGCCGAAACACGGCCCGCGACGGCAGCUGGGAACCAACCCGUUGAAAGCUGUGAUGUUCCCAGCACAGUGACAGCGGAAGCUCAGGCACCAAAAGAGCACAGAGACACAAAGCGAGAUGACAAGCAAUUCUCUACACAUCUUCCUGACUCGAGAGCUACAGUGGAUACUGGUCCUGCCCGCAGGCCCGUGGAGAACUCCUACGUUCCAGCAGGCAUUCCUUCUAACGCUGCACCUGCUUCCCUAAUAACGUGUUCCCUUCCUCCUCCUACCUACUCCUUCGCCUCAACCCUUCCCACUCCUCUUUGGGGAGCUCCUGCCAAUUUCUCGUAUCCCCCUCCCUUCCCCUCAUCCCCCUCUCCAGCCUGGUCUCCUCCUCUCAGAACUGCAGAGCCAGCGCCUCCAUCAGAGAUAGAUGAUGGAGAGAGAAAGUUCUUCACUUUUGUAAUCCUGCACGCUAGUAAAGAUGAGGCAGUUGCCAGUCGGGUCAAGAACCUGCUGGAGGGCAUGGAUGUUCCCAACGGCGCAACGCUCUGUGAGGACUUCUCCAUUGCCGGAUGCAGCCACCUGACUUGUUUCCAGGAGGCCAUGGAAAACUCCGCUUUCAUCAUCCUUCUGCUGACCAAAAACUUCCUGUGCGACCUGUGUAAGUUCCAGACAAACACUGCUCUCAUGGAGUCCAUCCAGAACCCAUCCAAGCAUGACUCGGUCAUCCCUUUCAUACCCAAGGAGAACCGCCUGGAUCGGAGUCAGAUCCCCAACACGCUCGGUGCGCUGAUACCCUUGGAUGAGAACUCCCCUGGGUUCUCCAGCACGGUGAAGAAAACCUUUGCCUCCAGCAGGAUCAGUCAGAGAAAAGCCAUGUGGGACCAGAUGCAGAGAAGGAAACUCCAGGUGUACGAGGAACAGCAUCAACCGCUGCCGACAUUCGCUGCUCUGAACCUCGGCUCCCUCCCCCACGUGCCUCCAACACACCCACAGCCGCCGUCACCCCAACAGUGGUGCCCCCCAGCUGCGACUGCCCUUCCUGCCACGUACCCCCCACCCCUCGCUGGUCACCCCCUGCCUGCUCAGAUGGAUCCUUCUCCUCUCCAACCACUUCAGCUCCCCCUGGGCCACUACAACGGGCUGCUGGGGGCGGGAGGCAUCUCCGUGGUCAACAUCCAACACGCUCAGAUGGUUCAGGUCGGGACCGACAACACGAUGCGGGCAGGGACUGUCGUGCCGCAUCCACAGGGCAGCGAGGAAGGAACCACGUAG